AUGACCAUUAAGAACCAUUCUCACAAAUGUCUUUCCAUUGAAGAGUACAUCCACAAGGUGGACAGACAACAACUGAAUCAAAACCAAGACUCUGUUCAAGUCAUUGACGUGCGUUCUCAACACGAUUUUGAACAAGCACGCUUCAUUUUGAAAAAUAGCAUCAAUUUACCGUAUUCCACAUUGGAAACAAAUUUAAAGUUGUUGGAUCCCCACAAACAAGUAGUUGUUGUGUGUCAACAUGGUUGUGAAAACUCGGCUUCGGCUCAUGCUUGUUCCAUUCUUUCGAAACAUGGGAUUCAAUGCCAAUGUAUUGAGGGAGGUUUCAAUGAAAUUAACAAACGUCUUUCUACUAGUAACAAUUCGAACAUGGAUAACACCUUGCUUCCGUUCGUUCUCGAAAAUAGACGUAACUCUAAAAUAUGGACACUUGAAAGACAAGCUCGAUUCAGCUCUGGUUUCCUCACUCUCUGUGGACUGUUAGGGUAUUUCCUGAGUAAGAAGAGGGUGUUUCUAUUGGGAAGUGGCUCAUUAGCUGUUGGAGGUACCUAUUCAGCCAUAACCGAUAGUUGUGGUUUGGCGAAAGUGUUGAGAAAGAUGCCAUGGAACAAGACAAACUUUCGAUGGUUGUAA